CCGCCGCCGGGAUGGGAGGUCUGCGGUUAGCCAGCCCCAGCUCUUUCCGUGGGGCGGCAGCUGUCCUCUGCGUGUCCGGACUCCUCCCACCCUGCACGCCUGCGGGCUCACUCCUGGCGAUCGGGCCCAUAAGGGCACCCGCUAGGCCCCCAAACAGUUACCUCAGGCUACUGAGCUGAACUGAACCGGGCAGAGGAAGGUCCUUGGAGGCUGGGACGCGGGCGAGCCGGCGGCGAAGCCCCUCCCCUUAGGGCUGGCUUCCUGCCUCCGCAUUGGCUCGCGCGCCCGUCAGUCUCACCCCCUUCAAGGGGCCGCGGCAGCGGUUCUCCCCGGUCCGUCUCCUCACUGCGCGGGUGUACUGGCUGCCUCGGCUCGAGUCCAGCAGAGCCGGCUGGUCGGAGCCUGAGCUGGCGCCGGCUCCCUCCGGGAAGCCUCGGGAAGGGGAGGGCCGCACUCGGCCCGAGCUGAGCAUCGUCUGGGUGGCCUGCGGGGCCGCGGCCUCUCCGCCGGCACCACCACCUGUCGCGGGGCGAGAAGCGGGGUGAGAAAGAUGCUGUCCAGGUUUAAAGUAGUCGCCACUCCUUGUACUCUGGCAUGCCGCCAUUUGCACACAAAAGAGAAAGGCAAGCCACUUAUGCUGAACCCAAGAACCAACAAGGGGAUGGCGUUCACAUUACAGGAAAGACAAAUGCUUGGUCUUCAAGGACUUCUACCUCCCAAAAUAGAGACACAAGAUAUUCAAGCCUUACGGUUCCAUAGAAACGUGAAAAAGUUGAAUGGCCCUUUGGAAAAAUACAUCUAUAUAAUGGGAAUACAAGAAAGAAAUGAGAAAUUGUUUUACAGAAUACUGCAAGAUGAUAUUGAAACUCUAAUGCCGAUUGUAUAUACACCAACAGUUGGUCUUGCCUGCUCCCAGUAUGGACACAUCUUUAGAAGACCUAAGGGAUUAUUUAUUUCAAUCUCAGACAGAGGUCAUGUUAGAUCAAUUGUGGAUAACUGGCCAGAAAAUCAUGUUAAGGCUGUCGUGGUGACUGAUGGAGAGAGAAUUCUAGGUCUUGGAGAUCUGGGUGUCUACGGAAUGGGAAUUCCAGUAGGAAAACUUUGUUUGUAUACAGCUUGUGCGGGAAUACGGCCUGAUAGAUGUCUGCCUGUGUGUAUUGACGUAGGAACUGAUAAUCCAGCCCUCUUAAAGGAUCCUUUUUAUAUGGGUUUAUAUCAGAAAAGAGAUCGAUCACAGCGUUAUGAUGACCUAAUUGAUGAGUUUAUGAAGGCCAUUACUGACAGAUAUGGACAGAACACACUUAUUCAGUUUGAAGACUUUGGAAAUCAUAAUGCAUUCAGGUUCUUGAGAAAAUACCGAGAAAAAUACUGUACCUUCAAUGAUGAUAUUCAAGGGACGGCUGCGGUUGCUCUGGCAGGUCUGCUUGCAGCACAGAGAGUCAUUGGGAAGCCGGUCUCAGAUCACAGAAUCUUAUUUCUUGGAGCAGGAGAGGCUGCUCUUGGAAUUGCAAAUCUGAUAGUUAUGGCUAUGGUUGAAAAUGGCCUCUCAGAAGAAGAGGCACGGAAGAAAAUUUGGAUGGUUGACAAGUUUGGUUUAUUAUUUAAGGGGCGGAAAGCUAAAGUAGAAAAUCAUCAGGAACCAUUUGCUCACUCAGCUCCAGAGAGCCUACCUGAUACUUUUGAAGAGGCAGUAAAUAUACUUAAGCCUUCAGCUAUAAUUGGAGUUGCAGGAGCUGGCCGACUUUUCACUCCUGGUGUAAUCAAAGCAAUGGCUGAAAUCAAUGAAAGGCCUAUAAUAUUUGCAUUAAGUAAUCCUACGGCACAGGCGGAGUGCACAGCUGAAGAAGCAUACACACUUACAGAGGGAAGGUGUUUGUUUGCCAGUGGCAGUCCGUUUGAGCCAGUGAAACUCAGUGAUGGGCAAGUCUUUACACCAGGCCAAGGAAACAACGUAUAUAUUUUUCCAGGUGUGGCUUUAGCUGUUAUUCUCUGUAACACCCGGCAUAUUAGUGACCAUGUGUUCCUGGAAGCUGCAAAGGCUCUGACAAGUCAGUUAACAGAUAAAGAGCUGGCUCAGGGGAGACUUUACCCACCACUUUCUAAUAUUCAGGAAGUUUCUAUUAACAUUGCUAUUAAAGUCACAGAAUACCUGUACGCUAAUAAAAUGGCUUUCCGAUACCCAGAACCUGAGGACAAGGCCAAAUACAUUAGAGAAAGAAUAUGGCGGAGCGAGUACGAUUCCCUGCUGCCGGAUGUGUAUGAGUGGCCAGAGGCUGCGGCGCACCCUCCCCCGAUAACAGAAUAGAAGCACACCGCAGACACUUGCCACGCAUCAGGGAGCUCCUUUUUUCAGACAGAAGCAGAUAGUGUUCUUAACUUCAUGCUUUUUUCUGUUAUUUUUGCCCAUGAACCUACGCUUCUGCGCCAGGGCGGAUGAGUUGCCUGCUCUGUUAACGCCCACCUGCACCCUGCUAUCAAAUGACCAUAAUAAUUUUAUUCUCGUUUGUAGCUCAUGUCAUAUCAGCAAUAUUAAAAAUGUUCUUGUGAAUGUCUUCACUUGCGCUCUUGUUCACUCUUAGCAAAAGAUUUGCUAGUUACUACUACAGCUAAAAAUCUCUCCUCCAGUUCUUGUAGGGCUACUAAAAUAGAAACUUACUUCUGUGGAUAUGAGUACAGUAUUUUGAGAAGAAGCAAAAUUUAACCAAAUUCCAAGGACAAGUUGUCAGUAUCUAAAAAUAUCCUUUUAUAUCUGCUUUAUUUGACCUUCAUCCUCUGAAAUGCUUUUCCAGUAGACAGAUACAGAAAAAUCUACCCUAUUAUUUAUUUUCUGGGACUAAACUGAAGCUUAAUUAUAAAGUGAAACAGCAACUAUUGCUGCCUUUAGACAAAUUAGUCAUUGUUUUCAACAGUGUGUGAAAGUCACAGUAUAAUAUUGUAAAAUAAAGGUAAUAUCUUAAAUUUAAUUGCUGUAAUUAUGCUAUUUUUAUUGCAUAACUAGAAAUUUAGGUUAGCUUAUUAUGAAAAACACAUUUUCAUUUUCUCCUGGAUGAUUCUAAAGAACGAGGUAUAGGUAGACCUCAUAAAUUAUGGCUUUUGACAUGUGAUUUUUAACAAAUUGACCAUGUGUUUCCCAUCCAGAUGAGUCACAUUUAGACUCAUCUACGUGAAUCUAUACCCUUAUUCCGGUAGUGAUGGUCUUUACUGAGAUAAUUUUGGAAUGUUCCUAUUAUACAUUCCUUUAAAUAUCAUUAGUACUAAUAACUAACUCCUUCUCCAUUGAAGAUGGAUUUAAUUUUUUGAAAUCACCAAAAUUGAUUUAGAGCUAAGUGGGAGUGAAUAGGUGUUUAGACCAGUAAAUGUCAUUUUUAGUCCCAGUAACAUGGGUAAUAACUACCUAGUGAAAAAUCGAUUUUCUUAUGUGGCUUACACAUUGGAGAGUUCUAAAAGAAAAUCCCAAACAUUUUGAGAAGUAGUCUUGCUAUAUAUAACCCUAACAUAGUUGCUUUGGGGCAACAAACAAAACUUUAAAAUGCCCAUUCUACAAGUUAAACUAUAAAAAAUUAUUCAUAGCUGCAUAUCAAUGUGAACAUUAUUUGAAGUUUCCCUCCACAGUCCUUGAUACGUUAGAUGUGAUAUUCUGGAGCGUGAUAAAAGGGCUUCAUUUUUAUGUUCCUGUUUCGUUUUACAAAACUAAUAGGUAAAGACUAAUUGAUUCAUAGUAAUUUUGAAUAUAGUUCAAUGUUUUAAGAAUGCUCAAAAUGGCAUUGCCAUUUGGAGUAUGGAAAAAUGCAGUUGGUUAAAUAUACUUAACAGAUGAGUAAAAUCAGAGGUAUGCUUUAUCUGUUUGGUAAGAUAAACAAUCAGAUCACUGUUUGUUUUCCUCAAUUAAAGAUGAAAGGCUUAUGGUUUUCAUGUUACCUUUGUCAAAAUCAUCCACAAAAAUACUCUGUGAAUUCUUGAUUUUAGUUCAACAUUACAAGUAAAAUAAUUACAAACCUGUU